AUGUGUAUGGAAGAUUACGAAGGUCAACUUGAUGAUACGGAGCACGAUGUCAACUUUGGUGGUGGAGCCUGGAGGGUCAAGAAAGGUUCUAUGGUGGUGGCAAGAGGUCAUAAAAGAGGCACUCUUUAUAUGACGACGAGUUAUCAAGAUACUAUUGUUGUUGUCGAGAAUGCCAAACAGACCAAGUUGUGGCAUUGUAGGUGGGGGCACAUGAGUGAGAAAGGGAUGAAACUCAUGAUAGAAAAUGGCGCUCUUCCGGAUCUGAAGACGGUGGAUCAUCAGAUGUGUGAAAGUUGCAUUCUUGGAAAGCAGAAACAGGCUAGUUUCUCUAAUGGAGGAAGAGAGCCAAAAUCUGAGAAGUUGGAGUUGGUGCACAAUGACGGGUGGGGGCCCUCUCCUGUUGCAUCGCUGGGAGGUUCAUAA